CCGGUGGUAGCUCCUGCUGUCUUCCUGUCUCGGUGAAGCUGACAGCCGCCGUGGUGAAGGACUACAGACCGUUCGGGGGUUGGAGUCAUGUCGGCAGCUGCUCAGGGGACAAGCAAAGCGGCCCACAGCGAUGUGGCCCCGAAAAAGAAGAAAGGACCGGGCGCCCUGGCAACGGCCUACUUGGUUAUUUACAAUGUUGUUAUGACAGCCGGGUGGCUGGUGAUCGCAGUGGGUCUGGUUCGAGCUUACCUGGCCAGAGGAAGCUACCAUGGGCUCUAUUACUCUAUAGAAAAGCCGCUGAAGUUCUUUCAGACGGGGGCUCUUCUAGAGAUCUUGCACUGUGCUGUAGGGAUCGUACCAUCCUCUGUGGUCCUGACGGGGUUCCAGGUCAUGUCUCGGGUCUUUCUCACUUGGGCCGUCACUCACAGUGUCAGAGAGGUACAAAACGAGGACAGUGUGCUGCUGUUCGUCGCGGCCUGGACCGUCACAGAGAUCAUCCGCUACUCUUUCUACACCUUCAGCCUGCUUAAUCACCUGCCGUACCUCAUCAAGUGGGCAAGAUACACGUUUUUCAUCGUGCUGUAUCCGAUGGGAGUGAGUGGAGAACUGCUGACCAUCUAUGCAGCUCUGCCAUACGUGCAGAAGUCAGGCCUGUACUCCGUCACUCUCCCCAACAAGUAUAACUUCUCUUUCGACUACUACACCUUCCUCAUCCUUGUCAUGAUCUCCUACAUCCCCCUGUUUCCCCAGCUUUACUUCCAUAUGAUACGACAGAGGAAGAAGGUACUAGGCCACACAGAGGACUACAGCAAAGUGGAAUGAGGUGUGCAGAGCUCACAAAGGGUCCAAUGAGAGAAAAGCUACCAAAACAUCCCAUAAACAAACAAAUCAAUGUUUCCUAUUUUCAAACUGCCAGAACUGAUCCUCUUGAUCAUCCUGUUAUCCACCCACAUUAUUUUAUUCAUUUCAUUCCUAAAGCUAUGGAAAGCAAAGAGACAUUCUGGAUGAACUUGUUAGUUUUUGCAUAUUUCUGAUCAAAUUGUGAUAAUAUUGAAGUCUAAAGAAGUGAUUGACUUGAAUAAAAAUGAGCUGCUUUGUGAGCAUUGAUCAGAGUUUGUACACAGUUAAUCUGACCUGAUGAUUCUCUGAUAAACCUCUGACCUCCUAACAAAUGACACUACUACAGAGAAUAUAGGUUUCUCCUCCUGACUUGUUUUAUGACCCUGUUGUAUGAACCAGGUCUGCUCUAGGCCUCUUUAACUCUGAAAAAAUACCGUGGAGUGUAGCACUGAAAUCAGACAUUGUAGGAUUUGUGUCCUUUAUGUUGGUUUGUACAAGCAUUUGUAUUUCUUCCAUUUUGUGUAAUUUAUUGAAAGGUUUGGUACAUUCCAUAUUUAGUUCAAUAAACCCUUCUCCAUCCCAUGCCUGUUUUAGUUUUUUUUACUUUUUUGGAUGUUUGUCUUUUCUGUUUUUUUGACUUGAGUUAAUUCAGUUAUUCAAUGCCUUACAAUAGUAGUCCAUCCUCCUUCAUAUUUUAACAUGGAAAUGUCUACAUUAGGGCUGGGUAAAAAAAAUCUAUUUAAUCGAUGUCUAGGGAAUGAGAUCA